UUCUGUAUUCUUCGUACUUUUCCUUAAAUUCUCAUUUUGUAUUCAGUAAUACACGAACUGUGAUACAUAGCGGAUAUCAUGUCGACAGUACAGGGACCGUCAAGAAGAUACUCCAAAUAUUGGGUAUGGGAUUAUUUUUCGAUAAAAGAUAAUAUAAGUACGUCGGUAUGCGAUAUUUGUGAUACAAAAAAGGGCCAUAAAAAGAAUGAUAAUGAUAUAAAAGAAAUGACUAAACAUUUAUCUGAUAUGCAUCCGCGAAAUUAUGGCAUAAUUGCAAAGAAAAAAAACAAAGAUUGGGAAUCGCUCUUUGAAAGGAAGGAAUGCUCAACUGAUACUGCAACAAGCAUUAAUAUACAGUGCAAACUAUGUGAUCCAAAUAGUAAUCCAUAUAAUAUGAAGCUUGGAAUAUACGUGACUCGCCAUAUGGAAACACAUUUAGAAAACGAACAUAACGUUACGGAAAGUGAAUGGGAAAUUCUUCGAAACUGGCGAGACACGAACCUCGAGGAUUAUUAUGACCUGACUGAGGAACAAGGAUCGAUAAAAAGAACAAAAUCGUGUAAAAAAUGUGAAGAUCAUGAGUUUCAACGUAGUAAUCUGUGCAUCAUGCUAAAACAUUUGAUCCAAUAUCAUGAUUCCGAGAUUACCUUCGGAUUACUUCCGGAUAAAAUACGUUUACCUUUGGAUAUACUACCAAAAGGAUUCAACAGAAAUCCAUCGAAUGAUCCUGUAGAUCCUGUAGAUCCUGUAGAUCUUGUCGAUCUUGUAGAUCCUGUAGAUCCUGAAGAUCCUGUAGAUCCUGUAGAUCCUGAUGUUGCAUCGAGCAGCAAUCCAGAGCCAUCAGUAAAACGAAGAAGACCAGUUUUCAAAAGUUGGAUGUGGGAUUAUUUUUCGAUAAAAAAUGACGCUAUAAGUAUGUCGGUAUGUGAUAUUUGUGGUACAGAAAGGGGCCAUGAAAAGAAUAAACUCGAUUUAGACAAUAUGUCUGAACAUUUAUCUACUAAUCAUCAGGACAAUUAUAAAAUAUUUAUAAUGAAACAAAAGAAAGAUUGGGAAUCGUUCUUUGGAAGGGUGAAAUGCUCAACUCAUAGUACAAUAAGCAUUAAUAUAAAGUGUAAACUAUGUAAUUCAUAUAAAAAAGAGCUUCGAAUAUAUAUAAAAUCCGAAAAUAUGGAAACACAUUUAGAAGACGAACAUAACGUUACGGAAAGUGAAUGGGAACGUCUUCGAAACUGGCGAGACACGAACCUAAACGAAAAGUAUUAUAUCCUGACUGAGGAAAAGGGAGAAUUGAUCAAAAGAACAGAAAUGUGUAAGAAAUGUAGACAUAAGUUUGAACGUAGUAAUCUAUGCAUUAUGCUAAAUCAUAUUAUCCAAGUUCAUCAAUCCGACAUUGCCUCCGGAUCCGAUUCACCUUCGGAUGAAGAUAAACUACGUUUACCUUUGAAUAUACUACCAAAAGGAUUCAACAGAAAUCCAUCGAAUGAUCCUGUAGAUCCUGUAGAUCCUGUAGAUCCUGCAAAUCCUGUAGAUCCUGUAGAUCCUGUAAAUCCUGUAGAUCCUGAUGUUGUAUCGAGCAGCAAUCCAAAGCCAUCGAGCAGCCAUCGAGGGCCAUCAUCAUCUGGCCAAUCUAAUCCCUGCAAAAUGAGGCAAGAAACUGACAGUUCCAUGAAUAUUUGGCAAAUAAAAGAUGCUGCAACGACCGUGAAUCCACAUUCACCAACAUCUGACCUUUCUGAUAGCAGCCUUCGAGAACGUGCCAGUAAACGCAGUAAAGUCAGUCAUAAUACAAGCAGUGACGAAGAUGAUAAGUGAUAUUGCACGAAGCAACACCAUAACAUCGCUUCAACGUCUACACACACAAGUUCGGUCUCUAGAUUUGAUUUCUGAUACUUUGUAUCAUUACAUUGUAAUCGACAUACUCGAUGUUCUCCUGUUUAUAUCAUUGAAAGUAUUGAUAAAAACAAUGAAAACAAUGAAAAAAAUUUUAACUAAUAAUUAAAACCAUUGAUAUCUGAAUAGAUAGACGGAGCAUUAGCUAUCGAUUAAGACGAGAAGAGCUUUGAUAAUCGCGGUAAACGCGGGGAACUCUAUGAACUUCGGUUGAAUUAGGUUAUUCCCGAUAAUGAUCAGUUAAUAAUUCGA